AUGAGUAGCACCUUCGCGCCGCCGCCGCCGCCGGCUGGCGUCGUGGUACCACCGCCGCCCCCAGCGAUGAUCCCGGUGCCGCCCGCCGCCGUACCAGCGAAUCCCAGUACUGCAUCAGGUGCUGAGGGGAACGUGGUAAAGCCAGGUGGUGUGGCGCUUGACAUGUCGAAUCACUUCGGGCCGCCAAAGAAUGUGCCCAAGAAGUCGUUGCCGCCGUGGGAGCGGAAGAAACUAUCGACGCCCCUCUCCGGCUCCUCACCCAGAGCGGACAACUCAACACCGCCGCCAGGGCCCGUUGCUGCCACGUCUAAACCAUUGUCACCCGUAGCUGUUCCGCUCCCGCACACUGUGGCCAAUGCACCUGCGGUGGUGACGCGCAAGUCGCUCUCCACCGCGUCGUUAACCACUUCGCCCCAGCCCUGUGCGUCACCGUCAUGCACAUCGGCCAUGAGCAGCGCUGCCACGGCCGCUACCGGUGUCUCUUCGCCGCCGGUGAUCUCGAUCCCACCACCGCCACCGCCGGUACACCCUGUAGUACAGGCUGUCUCGUCGAGCGCGGCGACCACUGCAUCUCCGUUGCCUCUCGUCUCCUCAUCAGCUGCGCCGCCGCCGCGGCCUACUCCAGACGCGCAGGAGCCUCUGCCAGCGCCGGCCUCCGCUACAGCCGGUGUGCCUACACUGCCGCUUCCCUCACCAGGCGUAAACCAGGCCGCCACUGUGGCCGCGGCGGCGAUACAUCAAGGCACAGCGCAGCCAACUCUGCCAACCUCAUCCCCCGCUGCGAUCGCAGCCACUGACCACAUCGUGCAGGAAGCGAUGCGGGAGUUGCGGCCUCCCCUACUAUCGCCCAUGCUUACCGUGCUUGCUCCGCACGUCGUCUUUCAGGGUGACGAACAGCAGUGGGUGGUGCCGCCUCUGGGGCCCGUUCCUUCGAGCAAGCGAAAGAAGGUGCUCAGCGCAGCCGUUGCUUCUGCGGGUAGCUGGCACAACAGCUAUGACCUGAAGCCCUCCCCGUCCUUUGACGCCGCGCAGCACGACGGCAGCGAGCCACUCGUCACUCCCGCCGCCACCUCGAGCACGCGGCGGCAAUGGACGUCGAACGCUGUUAUCAACUCCGCCAAGGCCAAGAGCAACUGGCGAGAAACUUACUGGAAGCACGUUGAUGUUCAUCGCUACGUCGCACGGCGCUACUUUGGUGCCCCGCCACCGCUGGAGCAGUGA